CGCUAUUUUUGUUGACAAUCUUCGCAAGCUUGCAAGUCGUUAUAAUUCAAAUCUUAAUUAUUGACUGUUUCUCUUGUGGAAUAAUAGUGAGUUAAUUUCUUAAUACGCACCGCAAUAUAAUACAAAAGUGGAAUAUAAAAUGGCUCCCCGCGAUACGCAAACUCACAGAGACCCGGGUAAAGGAGUAAACAUUGCCAAAAAGAAGGAAGUUAAGCCCAAUAAAACUGAGGUGACUGAGGCUAAACCUAAAACUGUACCGAAGCCUGUCACUCCAAAGUCUUGUAAAAAGGAAAACAAACAGGCAAAUGUGACAGGAAGUGUCACUAAAAGUGCUAAGAAACUAACUCGGAAUAGACGUCCAAAGCCAGCGCAUUCUGGAGUACCAGUUCCUGAGAAAAUGAGAAAAUGCUUAGCUCAAUUAUUAAAUUCUGACUAAAGAACUGUCUUAAGACAAAGAGUUAA